AUGCUCUCGGUUGCGCUAUCAGCAAAGUGGUCGCGUCACCAGUCGCUUGGAUCUUGUACAGUGAACACAACGAGGCGUCUACGUACGUUUGAUUUACACGCACCCGCGCCAGGCGCCACUCCGAAUAAGACCUUAAUCUAUGGUGAUACGGCAGCUGACCGUUGGUCAAAUAAUAUAAGCUACCGGCAACUAGUAAUAUCAUCAUGCAUAGGCAUCGUUCAGUUCUGGUGGCAUCCUUAUGUGCACGAUCUCCGCCGUCUGCUGCCGUUUUUGUUCCUGUACAAUGUGUUCAGUAUCAUCAUUGGGUACCCGAUGUUUUAUUUGGAACUAGCUUUGGGCAUCGUCACGAGGAAGGGUGUUGUGACGUGUUGGGAUUUGGCACCCAUGGCUAGAGGUGUAGGCCUAUCAAUGCUAAUGGUCUCAAUGUGGACGGCACUCGGCGCUGGACUCGUGGCAGCAUGGUCACUAGCAUUUCUGGUGCAUUCCUUCCAUGUCUUUCUACCCUGGCUUCACUGUGCUGCAACAGCCAACCCGCCUUGCGCGGCCAGGCAUAGGCCCUUGCCGCCGGGCAGUGACACUCCAGCGCAGUCAUUCUUUUUCAACUUCAUAUUAAAUCUGAAGUGCGACGGCCUGGAAACGGGCAUGGGAACCAUCGUGCGCGAGCUGGCUUUAUACUAUGUCCUCUGCUGGAUUCUUAUAUACGGAAUCGCUAUCAAACGCAUAUAUAGCUACUCUAAGGUGGUGUUAUUCAAAGACUUGAUGGCAUAUUUCAUGCUGCUGUGUUGCGCAAUAGGCGUGUCUCGGUUACGUGGUGCCGGACGGAUGUUUCUAGAUGCGGACUGGAGCGUCGUCCUUACUGAAUUACAGAUCUGGCGUGAAGCAAUAGAAUAUGCUCUUCUAGAAAUGACAGUAGGCCAAGGGGCUCUCGUAAUGCUAGGGACAUACUGUCCCAAACAGCAACACGCUCUCGCGCGGACUGCGCUUCUAGCUUUCGCAGCCUCGAAAACCAGCAGUAUGGCUGUGGCAUUGAUCUUGGGCGCUGUUCAUGGCGCCUUGCAUAACGAUUAUGAGAAUACCACUAACAUUUGGGGUGGAACGUCAUCUUCAAUGGUAUUAUGGGCGGACUAUGCCGCGAGGAUCCCCGGUAGCCAAUUCUGGUCAGUCAUCGUAUUCUUCACUAUAUUCACGCUCGCACUAUCUUCUUCUGCAUUGCUAAUACAAACAAUAAUAUCUACCCUGACCGGGCGCUCCAUUCGCCAUAUUUCGUGGGCUUUCCUCGUACUACUCUGCUUUCUUUUCUGUGUUAUCGGCGUUAUCACAUUGUGCACACAGACUGGACUCUACAUGUUGAACUUUCUAAUGAACUGGCCGGCGACAAAGCCACGCGUGGUUGUGGGCACUGUUGUCGCCGCAAUUGUCACGUUCGUCUACGGACAGACUACCUUCUGCGAGGACGUCUAUUUUGCUGUUGGGGAGUACCCUUGCGUGUUCCUCAGGGUAUCAUGGGCUGUCGCACCUUUGCUUCUGUUUUGCACGUUUUGGAUGACCAUCGCGUCGGGAUCUCCAGACCCGGGCCCCGGAUGGGCAUUGGUGAUGAUGGCAAUAUUACCCACUUUCAUAGUUCUGCUGUUCUACCUCGUCUUCAAGUUCAGGGUUCGGAAUAUCGUGCGUACUGAAAAAUAAAUUGUAAACCUUCAGUUUGUAAUCGUAAAAUAA